AUGGCCCCGCCGCCCGUCACCAUCUACGUGACCAGCCUCACCAGCCAGCCAAAGGUGCGCAAGCACAUCCAGCUACUGCACAGUGCUCUGUCUGGUCUCGAGAUUCCCUACGAGGCCUUUGACCUUGCAAUUGACGAGGACGCUAAGCGGCGAUGGCAGCGUGCCAAGCCGCUCGGAAUGGUCGUUGGUCUGCCAGGAUACCUCGUCGGUGGGGAGUGGCACGGAACCAUGGACGAGUUUGAAGAGGCUGUCGAGAUGGGCACUCUCGAGUCCUUCCUGAAGCAGGACACCGACCACGCCGACGCAAGCAUGACCAUUGGCGAGGCCGAGCUGGACCGUCUCAUGCGGGAGAUGACAGAUGCCGACCUGGAUCAGCUCGUCGGCGACCUGACCAUUGACGACAUCGACCCUGCUGCCGUCAAGGAGGCUGUCAAGGAGGACCCUGUGGUCCCCAAGGCUGCCGCUGUCGAGGAACCAAGCAAGGCCGCCGCUGUCGAGCCUGUGGCUCCCGUGAAGGCUGUCGAGCCUGUCGUUGCCGUCGAGGAGUCUGUCAAGCUUCCCGCCGCCGAGCCCGAGGCUCCCGUCAAGGAGUCAGCAGCCACCGAGACCCAGUCCGCCUCCACAGGCAUCCUCGGUACCGCUACCGCCGCCGUGACAAUUGCGGCGACGACCGCGGUCGCUACUGUGAGCGAGACUGCUUCGAGUGUGGCCGACGCUGCCAAAAGCCUCGUCGCGGAGCCCGAGGGCGUGACUGCGAAGCGCGCAGACGUUGUGGCCGAGGACAAGGAGGAGGAGAAGGAGGCUUCCCCGGUCGCGACCAAGACCGAGGAGAAGGAGGCUGCUCCCCUGACGGCGGAGGCGUCGCUCGACGAUGUAAUUGACAAGACGCUCGCCAAGGAGGCAGUCGAGGCAGAGCAGAAGAAGGAGAAGGACGAGUAG